AAAGAAAGAAAAAAAAAGAAAAGGGGACAGCGAAACAGAGGGAGGAAGCGAACAGAGAGGUUAGUUCGACCCGAGUGCUUGGCGAGGCAGCAGUUUACCAGGAGUGUUUCAACGCGACAAUUUCACGGACUGAGCCGUCCAAUCUAGAUAGCUUUCCACCGAAUAGCGCCUGCAACUCAAAAGCAGCAACCAUGUCGGACGCAGAUAGGUUCCUGUACGUGGACCGCAACCUGGUCAACAACCCGCUGGCCCAGGCCGACUGGGCCUCCAAGAAGCUGGUGUGGGUGCCGUCGGAGCGGCUGGGCUUCGAGACGGGCUCGGUGAAGGAGGAGCACGGGGACGAGUGCGUGGUGGAGCUGGCCGACUCCGGCAAGAAGGUGAAGGUCAACAAGGACGACAUCCAGAAGAUGAACCCGCCCAAGUUCAGCAAGGUGGAGGACAUGGCCGAGCUCACCUGCCUGAACGAGGCCUCGGUCCUGCACAACCUGAAGGAGCGAUACUACUCCGGCCUCAUCUAUACAUACUCAGGGCUCUUCUGCGUGGUGAUAAACCCCUAUAAGAACCUGCCCAUCUACUCCGAAGAGAUUGUGGACAUGUACAAGGGCAAGAAGAGGCACGAGAUGCCCCCGCACAUCUACGCCAUCACCGACACGGCCUACCGCAGCAUGAUGCAGGACCGUGAGGACCAGUCCAUUCUCUGCACAGGGGAGUCAGGUGCGGGGAAGACUGAGAACACCAAGAAGGUGAUUCAGUAUCUGGCACACGUGGCUUCAUCCCACAAGACCAAGAAAGACCAGACCAGCGCAGUCCUGUCACAUGGGGAGCUGGAGAAACAGCUGCUGCAGGCCAACCCCAUCCUCGAGGCCUUCGGUAACGCCAAGACGGUGAAGAACGACAACUCCUCCCGAUUCGGCAAGUUCAUCCGAAUCAACUUUGACGUCAACGGUUACAUCGUGGGAGCCAACAUCGAGACGUACCUGCUGGAGAAGUCCAGGGCCAUUCGCCAGGCCAAGGAGGAGAGGGCCUUCCACAUCUUCUACUACCUGAUGACGGGAGCGGGCGACAAGAUGCGCUCGGAGCUGUGCCUGGAGGGCUACGGAAACUACCGCUUCCUCUCCAACGGCAACGUGACCAUCCCCGGCCAGCAGGACAAGGACAUGUUCGUGGAGACCAUGGAGGCCAUGAAGAUCAUGGGCAUCCCUGAGGACGAGCAGAUCGGCCUGCUGAAGGUGGUCUCCGCUGUGCUCCAGCUGGGGAACAUGAACUUUAAGAAGGAGCGCCACUCCGACCAGGCCUCCAUGCCGGACGACACCGCGGCCCAGAAGGUGUGCCACCUGAUGGGGAUGAACGUGACGGACUUCACGCGCGCCAUCCUGUCCCCGCGGAUCAAGGUGGGGCGCGACUACGUGCAGAAGGCGCAGACGCAGGAGCAGGCCGAGUUCGCGGUGGAGGCGCUGGCCAAGGCCACGUACGAGCGGCUGUUCCGCUGGCUGGUCAUGCGCAUCAACAAGGCUCUGGACAAGACCAAGCGGCAGGGCGCCUCCUUCAUCGGCAUCCUCGACAUCGCCGGCUUCGAGAUCUUCGAGCUGAACUCCUUCGAGCAGCUCUGCAUCAACUACACCAACGAGAAGCUGCAGCAGCUGUUCAACCACACCAUGUUCAUCCUGGAGCAGGAGGAGUACCAGCGGGAGGGCAUCGAGUGGAGCUUCAUCGACUUCGGCCUGGACCUGCAGCCCUGCAUCGAGCUCAUCGAGAAGCCCGCCAACCCCCCCGGCAUCCUGGCCCUGCUGGAUGAGGAGUGCUGGUUCCCCAAGGCCACCGACAAGUCGUUCGUGGAGAAGGUGGCCCAGGAGCUGGGCAACCACCCCAAAUUCUACAAGCCCAAGAAGCUGAAGGACGAGGCUGACUUCUGCGUCAUGCACUACGCCGGGAAGGUGGACUACAAGGCCGACACAUGGCUGAUGAAGAACAUGGACCCCCUGAACGACAACGUGGCCACCCUGCUGAACCAGUCCUCUGACAAGUUUGUGUCCGAGCUGUGGAAGGAUGUGGACCGCAUCGUGGGCCUGGAGAAAGUGGUGGGCAUGUCAGAGUCGAUGCCGGGAGCGUUUAAGACGCGGAAGGGCAUGUUCCGCACGGUGGGGCAGCUGUACAAGGAGCAGCUGGCCAAGCUGAUGGCCACACUCCGCAACACCAACCCCAACUUCGUGCGCUGCAUCAUCCCCAACCACGAGAAGAAGGCGGGUAAGCUGGACCCCCACCUGGUCCUGGAUCAGCUGAGGUGUAACGGUGUUCUGGAGGGGAUCCGCAUCUGCAGACAGGGCUUCCCCAACCGCAUCGUCUUCCAGGAGUUCAGGCAGAGGUACGAGAUCCUCACGCCUAACUCCAUUCCUAAGGGCUUCAUGGAUGGGAAACAGGCCUGUGUGCUCAUGAUCAAGGCCCUGGAGCUGGACCCCAACCUGUACCGGAUUGGGCAGAGUAAAGUGUUCUUCCGGGCCGGGGUUCUGGCCCACCUGGAGGAGGAGAGGGACAUGAAGAUCACCGACGUUAUCAUCAGCUUCCAGGCCUGGUGCCGUGGCUACGUUGCCCGAAAGGCCUUCGCGAAGAGGCAGCAGCAGCUGACAGCCAUGAAGGUGAUCCAGAGGAACUGUGCCGCGUACCUGAAACUCCGCAACUGGCAGUGGUGGAGACUCUUCACUAAGGUGAAGCCCCUGCUGCAGGUGAGCCGCCAGGAGGACGAGAUGGCGGUGAAGGACAACGAGCUGAAGGCCACGCGGGAGAGGCAGCAGCACACAGAGACGCAGCUGCAGGAGAUGGAGUGCAAGCAGCAGCAGCUGACCGCGGAGAAGGUGGCCCUGCAGGAGCAGCUGCAGGCCGAGACGGAGCUCUGCGCGGAGGCCGAGGAGAUGCGCUGCCGCCUGGCCGCCAGGAAGCAGGAGCUGGAGGAGAUCCUGCACGACCUGGAGGCGCGCGUGGAGGAGGAGGAGGAGCGCGUCAGCCACCUGCAGACCGACAAGAAGAAGAUGCAGCAGAACAUCACGGACCUGGAGCAGCAGCUGGAUGAGGAAGAGGCUGCCCGGCAGAAGCUGCAGUUGGAGAAGGUCACCCUGGACGCCAAGAUGAAGAAGAGCGAGGAGGACGUCAUGGUGCUGGAAGACCAGAACCUAAAGCUCAACAAGGAGAAGAAGCUGAUGGACGAGAGGAUCUCCGAGUUCACCACCAACCUGGCCGAGGAGGAGGAGAAGUCCAAGAGUCUGCAGAAGCUGAAGAACAAGCACGAGGCCAUGAUCACCGACCUGGAGGACCGUCUGCGGCGGGAGGAGAAGCAGCGUCAGGAGCUGGAGAAGAACCGGCGCAAGCUGGAGGGCGACUACACCGAUGUGCACGACCAGAUCGCCGAGCUGCAGGCCCAGAUCGCCGAGCUCCGCGCCCAGCUAGCCAAGAAGGAGGAGGAGCUCCAGGCUGCGCUGGUCAGGGUGGAAGAGGAGGCGGCGCAGAAGAACCACGCCCAGAAGAAGAUCCGGGAGCUGGAGGCGCAGCUGUCCGAGCUGCAGGAGGACCUGGAGCUGGAGCGGGCGGCCCGCGUCAAGGCCGAGAAGCACCGCCGCGACCUGGGCGAGGAGCUGGAGGCGCUGAAGACCGAGCUGGAGGACACGCUGGACUCCACCGCCGCCCAGCAGGAGCUCAGGAGCAAGCGUGAGACUGAGGUGGCCCACCUGAAGAAGACUCUGGAUGAUGAAGCACGGGUGCACGAGCAGCAGGUGAUGGAGAUGAGGCAGAAACACGGCCAGGCCUUCGAUGAACUCAACGAGCAGCUGGAGCAGGCCAAGAGGAACAAGGUGUCGGUGGACAAGGCCAAGCAGGCCCUGGAGAGCGAGCGGAACGAGCUGGCCAUCGAGCUGCAGGGGCUCAUGCAGGGGAAGGGCGAGUCGGAGCACCGCAGGAAGAAGGCCGAGUCGCAGGUGCAGGAGCUGCAGGUCAAGUACGUCGAGAGCGAGAAGCAGCGCUGCGACCAGGCUGAGCGGCUGGCCAAGAUACAGGCGGAGCUGGACAACGUGAGCGCGCUGCUGUGUGACGUGGAGGGGAAGUCCAUCAAGGCCACCAAGGACUGCUCUAUGGUGGAGUCUGCCCUGCAGGACGCUCAGGAUCUGCUUCAGGAGGAGACGCGUCAGAAGCUCUCCUUCUCCACGCGGAUGCGGCAGAUGGAGGAAGAGCAGAACGGCCUGCGGGAGUCGCUGGAGGAAGAGGAGGAGGCGAAGAGGGCCGUGGAGAAGCAGCUGCUCACCGCGCAGGCCCAGGUGGCGGAGAUGAAGAAGAAGAUGGAGCAGGAGGCCUGCAGCCUGGAGUCGGCCGAGGAGGGCAGGAAGAGGAUGCAGCGGGAAGUGGAGUCCAGCAACCAGCGGCUGGAAGAGAAGGCGGCCGCCUUCGACAAGAUGGAGAAGACCAAGAACCGGCUGCAGCAGGAGCUGGACGACCUGAUGGUGGACCAGGACCACCUGCGGCAGAUCGUCUCCAACCUGGAGAAGAAGCAGAAGAAGUUUGACCAGCUCCUGGCUGAGGAGAAGUGCAUCUCGAGCCGCUACGCAGAGGAGCGGGACAGGGCGGAGGCGGAGGCGCGGGAGAAGGAGACGCGUGCCCUGGCGCUGGCCCGCGAGCUGGAGGGCCUCUCGGACCAGAAGGACGAGCUGGACCGCGCCAACAAGCUGCUCCGCGCCGAAAUGGAGGACAUGGUCUCCUCCAAGGAUGACGUGGGCAAGAGCGUGCACGAGCUGGAGAAGUCUAAGCGCGCGAUGGAUCAGCAGCUGGAGGAGAUGCGCACCCAGCUGGAGGAGCUGGAGGACGAGCUGCAGGCCACGGAGGACGCCAAGCUGCGCCUGGAGGUCAACAUGCAGGCCAUGAAGGCGCAGUACGAGAGGGACCUCCAGGGCCGCGACGAGAUGGGCGAGGAGAAGAAGAAGCAGCUGGUCAAACAGGUGCGGGAGAUGGAGAUGGAGCUGGAAGACGAGAGGAAGCAGAGGACCAUCGCGGUGGCGGCCCGUAAGAAGAUGGAGCUCGACCUGAAGGAGCUGGAGGCCGGCAUUGACAUGGCCAACAAGAACAGGGACGAUGCCCUGAAACAACUGAAGAAACUCCAGGUCCAGAUGAAGGAGCUGCUGAGGGAGCUUGAUGACACGCGUCUGUCCCGCGAGGAGAUCCUGGCCCAGGCCAAGGAGAACGAGAAGAAGCUCAAGGGCAUGGAGGCCGACAUGAUCCAGAUGCAGGAGGAGCUGGCGGCUGCAGAAAGGGCGAAGCGCCUGGCCCAGCAGGAGAGAGACGAGCUGCAGGAUGAGAUCAACAACCAGGGAGGCAAGAGCGCUCUGGCCCAGGAGGAGAAGCGCAGGCUGGAGGGGCGCAUCGCUCAGCUGGAGGAGGAGCUGGAGGAGGAGCAGUGCAACACCGAGCUGGUUAACGACCGGCUGAAGAGAGCCCAGCUCCAGACGGACCAGAUGAACGUGGAGCUGACGGCGGAGCGCAGUACCUCGCAGCGCCUGGAGGGGGCGCGCUCGCAGCUGGACCGCCAGAACAAGGAGCUGAAGCUGAAGCUGCAGGAGCUGGAGGGCACGGUGAAGAGCAAGUACAAGGCCAGCAUCGCCUCCCUGGAGACCAAGAUCGGCCAGGUGGAGGAGCAGCUCGACAUAGAGACCCGCGAGCGGCAGCAGGCCUCCAAGCUGGUGCGGCGCACGGAGAAGAAGCUGAAGGAGGUGGUGCUGCAGGUGGAAGAUGAGCGCAGGAACACGGAGCAGUACAAGGACCAGGCGGACAAGCUGAACUCCAGGAUAAAGCAGCUGAAGAGGCAGCUGGAGGAGGCGGAGGAGGAGGCGCAGCGGGCCAACGCCAGCCGCCGCAAGCUGCAGCGCGAGCUGGAGGACGCCACGGAGACGGCCGACGCCAUGAACCGCGAGGUCAACUCCCUGAAGAGCAAGCUCAGGCGUGAGAACUUGCCCUUCACGACUACGAGACGCAUCGUCAGCCGCGUCGAGAGCGACGAGGAGAGCGAGACCAAGAGCGAGACUCCCGAUCCCCAGCCUGAGUGAAUGAUGUGCCACUGACCUCCACAGUGCCACCGUGGGGCUGGAGGAGUGAACUGCAACUCACACACGUACACACACACACGCGCAAACACAACAGACACCCAACAGACACCGACACCCAUGAACAAUUACCUGGUAACAAAUAAUAGCGCUGUCAACAGAUUCAAACUAACGCCAAGGCACUUGACAGUAACUGACCCAUAAUCACAUUAAAUAUUGUCCAUGGCACUUGCCGAUGGACAGCAGACAAUCUUUCUGGUGCAUUCACCGAGAUGGAUAGACAAUCCUCACACACACACACACACACACACACACACACACACAUGCGCACACACACCACACGGUUUUCAGACAAUCAGCAGACACGCAUGAACAGGGGCCAAAUUGCUCUGCCCUCUCUUCUCUGGAAUUUGAAUAUGAUGAUAUUUUUGUAAGGAAACAUUCCAAUUGUGUUGUCCAGUUUCUGGGUCUAUUUUUCUAACUGAAUGAAGAAACGGAAGAAGGAAAAAUGGG